GCAAAUGUAAGCAAUGUCCCCACGCGCUCUGGCUGCUUUCAUGGCUGGGAUAAGUUAUUUUCUCUUCUGGCGCACAGCUUCAGGAUAGUCCUGAAACAGCAACAGGGAUCUAGACAGUCAUAAGACCGGGACAAUCUGCAUUCCCAGCCACAAGAGCUAACUGCGUCGCGGGCUACUUUCAAACCCUCAAGAAAACCCAGCUGGCUUGAUAGGCAGCUAACAGUGGUAGCUAGGCUAGCUGCUACACCAAGCAGCACAUCAGACCCUUGAUCGGCAGGAUCCCUGGACAGAUGGCAGAGGUCCCAGCAACUGUGGCCAACCCUGUCGCAGGAUCCAAACUCAGAAGCAAAGGAAAACUCCCCCCUGUCAUGGCUGCUCCAUCCUUCCUCCUCCUCUUCCCCCUGGGUUUGCUGUCUGCUGUGAGAUCAGCCUCGCUGAUGGACCCAGGCUCAAUGACGUCAUCAGAUCCCUCUGUCCAGGCUCCUCAUUUGACUGGGUGUAAGUCCAGGGAACAGGAGACGUUUAGGUGUUGGUGGAGUCCCGGAAGCUUCCAGAAUCUCACGGAACCCGGAGCACUGCAAAUCCAGUACUGGAAGAAGAAUGACUUGACGAAGGAAUGGAAGGAGUGCCCUGACUACUCCUCCUCUGUGAGGAACGAGUGUUUCUUUAAUAAGAACAACACAGUUAUCUGGAUCAAAUACUGUGUGCGGCUCCACUCUGAAAGCCAGAACAAAACCUACGAUACCUUGUGCUUCGAAUUGCAGGACAUUGUGCACCCUGACCCGCCAGUGGCUCUGAAUUGGACGCUGCUGAACAUCAGCCGGUCGGGCCUGAACUAUGACAUCAUGGCGAGCUGGGAACCCCCGCCCUCGGCCGACGUAUCCGUUGGAUGGUUGACACUGGUGUAUGAAGUCCAGUACAGGAGGAGGAACAGCUCACACUGGAAAGUGUUGGAGCAUGAGUUUGGCACCCAGCAGUCUAUCUACGGCCUUCAGACAGGAGAGGCGUACGAGGUGCGUGUGCACUGUGCAAUGAGGGCCUUCAAUAACUUUGGGGAGUUCAGUGAUGUCAUCUUUGUCCACGUGCCAGAGAUUCCCAAUAAAGAGUCAACGUUCCCUGUGACUCUGGUCCUGAUCUUCGGGGCUGUGGGUGUGGCCAUUCUCCUCAUGCUCAUCAUCUUCUCUCAGCAGCAGAGAUUGAUGGUGAUUCUGCUGCCUCCUGUCCCUGCACCCAAAAUCAAAGGGAUAGAUCCAGCACUGCUUAAGAAGGGAAAGCUGGACGAGCUGAACUUCAUCCUGAGUGGACCUGGUAUGGGGGCUCUCCACUCCUACCCCCCGGACCUGUACCAGGACGUGCCCUGGGUGGAGUUCAUCGAGCUGGACGCAGACGAGCCUGAGCCUGGGGAGAAGGACAACCAGAGCUCAGACUCACAGAGACUGCUGGGUCACAACAACCACCACACAAACCAUGGCUGCUUUCAUGGCCUCAGUAUCCCUGAUGAUGACUCUGGCCGGGCCAGCUCCUAUGAUCCAGAGCUGCCUGACCAGGAGACCCUGAUGUUAAUGGCUGCCCUCCUGUCCUGCCAACCCAACAAAGUUGAGCCAUGCUUGGGGAACUGUAGCCACUCAAGCACCCCAUCCCUAGAUGUGCUGGAGGUCCCAUGCCCCGGGCUCCAGGCUCCAGACUUACCUCCAGAGGGAGGGGAGAGGCACCUGGUCCAGACCCAGCUGGGAGGCCCUCAGAGCUGGGUUAACAUGGACUUCUAUGCCCAGGUCAGCGAUGUGACGCCCACCGGAGGUGUGGUGCUCUCGCCAGGCCAGCAGGUCGGAGCCCCGGAGAACACUCCAACAACAAAGAAGGAUAAGAAGGGAAAAAUGGAGGGGGGAGAGGAGGAGAGUGAGGAAGAGGAGGAGAGGAGAACAAACAAGCUGAAGUUUCAGCUGCUGGUGGUUGCUCCUGAGGCAGGGGGCUACACGACAGAGAGCAGUGGCCGGCAGAUGAGCACCCCUGACCCCUCUUCACCUGGGGAGGUCUACCACACCUUCCCCCCACCUUCUGCCGAGAGCAAGCCCCACCAGGAGGCCUAUCUUCCUGCUACCACCCUCCUAGGGGACUACCAGUCCCCCUACAUCCUUCCUGACUCCCCCCCUGCUCAGUUCCUCCCCCUGUCAGACUACACUGUGGUUCAGGAUGUUGAUUUCCAGCACAGCCUUCUCCUCAACCCCCCUUCCCCCCAGAGGUCCCCUACCUGUUCCCCACAACCUCCCUCCAAGCCCCUGCCCGUCAUGCCCAUAGGGUACCUCACCCCAGACCUGUUGGGCAACCUCUCGCCUUAAGAAAAACUACACCGCCCAGGAGGCCUUGGGGCGUAGAGGUUGGAGGCCACUUGUCAUGAAGUCAAUAAUCAUCACAGACAGCCUUGUUCUACUUGAUCAAUGCUGGAAGCCAAAUAUUUCAUGGGACAGACUCGACAACAAGCAUGGUCGUUUGUUUGAGAGUUUGCUUGAAGGGAAGCUGAGGAAGAGAAAUGUUUAGUUGUUGUGUUUGGCUUUUAUGAGUGACUGGAACUUGAGGAAAGAGCUUCUGUAAAAUUGGCCUUUCUGGUUUGACAGAGCUUAAAGUAAUACGU